CCGUGUCUGGCGGGGCCCGGGAGCCCAGUGCCCAAGUCGCCCCGGGUGGCAGUUCCCGUUAACCUUAGCCUCAAAGUCAAAGACGGAGUCAGGCGCCGGCUGAUACCGUGGGGCCUCCGGGAUGGAGAACGGCCUGGCUGGCGCCAGCGCAGCAGACGGGCUGGUGGUGAAAAUCAAGCAAGAGAAGCCAGAGCGGCUGCUGCAGAACCUGGCGCCACCGGCCGUGCCUUCCAGGAGGGAUAAGGAGAACAUUUACCAGCAGCCCCUGGGCCUCCGGCUAUGCCAGACCAUGGGGAAGAACCGAUCCUUGGCAGGACAGGAGGAAACUGGGGGUCCCAAGUGGACCCCUCCCACUGAGCAGGAGGUGGGUCUGGCAGGCCGGGUUCCAGGGGCAGCCCCUGGCCCCCUGAGCCCUGCUCUUUCGGCCGGCGAGGGUCACUUCGUGUGUCUGGACUGUGGGAAGAGGUUCAGCUGGUGGUCGUCCCUGAAGAUCCACCAGCGCACCCACACCGGGGAGAAGCCGUACCUGUGUGGCAAGUGCGGCAAGAGCUUCAGCCAGAAGCCCAACCUGGCGCGCCACCAGCAGCAACACUUGGGCGAGCGGCCCUUCUGCUGCCCGGAGUGCGCCAGACGCUUCAGCCAGAAGCAGCACCUGCUCAAACACCAGAAGACCCACUCUCGGCCGGCCACCUACUCGUGCCCUGAGUGCGAGCGCUGCUUCCGCCACCAGGUGGGCCUCCGCAUCCACCAGCGCGCGCAUGCCCGGGACCGCCAGGGCGCCCGCGCCAGGCUGUCCGAGCUGCUCCGGGAUGCUGCAGCGCGCCGGGGCUGCCGCCUGCGCCCCGGGACUCCGCGGGGGCGCCCGGAGUGGGCAUGGCUGGGGCUCUGCCAGGGCUGGUGGCGCCAGGCAGGGCCCCAGACCGACCUCUCCUCCUCUGCCACCACCACCGGGCCGGUCGAGCAGCGCCAGUUCAUUUGCAGCGAAUGCGGCAAGAGCUUCACGUGGUGGUCGUCGCUGAACAUCCACCGGCGCAUCCACACGGGCGAGCGGCCCUACCCGUGCCCUGAGUGCGGCCGCCGCUUCAGCCAGAAGCCCAACCUGACGCGGCACCUUCGCAACCACACGGGUGAGCGGCCGCACCCUUGCCCGCACUGCGGCCGCAGCUUCCGCCAGAAGCAGCACCUGCUCAAGCACCAGCGCACGCACAUGCCUGGUGCCCAGGCCACGCGCUGCCCUAGCUGUGGCCAGAGCUGCCCCAGCCGCGCAGCGCUGCGGGCCCACCAGCGUGCGCACGACAGCACCGCCACCGCCCAGCUGCUGUGUCCCGGGCCCGCCGUGCUGGGGGACGAGGCGCAGGCCCAGGUCGCCGUGGCCCGCUCAACACCACCGUGCAGCUCUCCAGCAGCUCGGGGACCCGGGGACACGCGGUGGGGCGGCGUGCGAGCUGGCCUGGCCGGACCCGGGGAGCAGCGCCCAUUCAUCUGCAACGAGUGUGGCAAGAGCUUCUCGUGGUGGUCGGCGCUCACCAUCCACCGGCGCAUCCACACGGGCGAGCGGCCCUACCCGUGCCCCGAGUGCGGCCGCCGCUUCAGCCAGAAGCCCAACCUGACGCGGCACCGGCGCAAUCACACGGGCGAGCGGCCCUACCUGUGCGCGGCCUGUGGCCGCGGCUUCAGUCAGAAGCAGCACCUGCUCAAGCACCAGCGUGUGCACCGGGGGGCCCUGGUGCCCACCCCCAGCGUCAAGGAUGAGGCGCUUUAGUGCACCUGGGCCCAAGGGGACCCAUGGGGGAUGUUUGCAGGGGUGCCCGUGGGCGAUGGCCAGAAUGGUGGCUUUUACAACCCCAGGGAGGGAGGCCCUAUCAAAGGCCGCAAAGGCCUGAUAACACAAUCCCAGAAGCACCCCCAGGGGGACCACGAAAGGCCCCGGGGGGGUGGGGAGCGGCUGAGGGAGGAGGUGAGAUCAGUUGUCCCCGCCCUGGAGCCCGAUGUGUCCCUGAUGGGUUGAGGGCUGCUGUAUGCUUCCCAGGCGGGACCCCAGGCUCCGGGUUGGUGGGGGGGCUCUGGGAGAGGCCCCCGUCCAGACUGGUCAGCCCCAGCACCAGCCCGUCACACUCAGGAUGGCGAGGGGCCGACUCGGUGCCAGAGUCUCAACAGACUCAGCGAGAGCAAGGGCCGAAGCUGGCAGCUGCGGCCGCAGAGGGGCGGGCACGUGCCCAGGGCCCAGGGCAGUGCCCCGCACUCGGUGGCCAUUCGGCGUGGAGCUGUGGCUGGGGUGAGUGGUUUUCUGGCCCCCUCAACCUCGAGUGCCCCGUGUGCAGGGGACUGCCCUGGCCGGCCAGACUCUUGGACUGGUAGGCGUGUGAUGGUCAGGGCCUGGGCUACACGGUGGGGGCCUCCGCUGAGACGUGGUGGCUUGGGGAGGGACACGCAGCAGGGAGGAGCCAGAUGUGCUGCCCUGCUCCGUGGCCCCGGGCCGCACACUCUGACUCGUCUUUGUGGGCAGUGUUGCAGAGGGAGAAAUGAAGCACAGCUGGCCUCCAGCGGUCUCGUUGUCAUUUUUCAUGCUUCCCUUCCUGAACUGCGCAUCUGCCUGUGCUCUGAGGGGUCCGUCUGCCCGGGACCGGGCCAGGGAGCUUUGGCCGUGAGCGCAGCAGCCCCCUAUGCCCAGUUCCCUUCCCGCCCUCCCUGCACAAUUUGAUCUCUUCCCACACACCCCUUCCACCUGUUGCUCCUCAUGCUUUUCCAAAGCAGGGGCGGCUGGAGCCCUGGUACGGAUGGAGGAGCCCAGGGCUCCAGGCCACCUGGAGCUGGGACCGUGUCCUCCCUCAGGAG